CCGGAAGUAAACAAGCCAACCACGUGGGUGUGACCCAAGGAGCAGCCGUACAGGACCAAGACUUUGUACAAAUGAGAUUAAUACAUAGGUGGUCCAGGUCCAGGUGGGGUCAUGAGGGGUCGCGGCCAACGGGCUGGACGAGCUGCGAGGAAGAGGAGGCAGAAGCAAGGAAGCGUCGUCCAGUCGGUCUCUCUGUGUCAUCAGCUGCAGUAUGUGAGACUGAUGAAGUUUCUUCACCAGCGAGGAUUCACCUCAACGCUGCUGCAGCCGGCGCUCUUCACUGACACAGGGAGAGGACUUCAAGCUCUCAAAAGCAUAAAGCCUGGCCAGCUCAUCAUUUCUCUGCCAGAGUCCUGUCUCCUCACGACCUCAACUGUCCUAGACAGCUCUCUGGGACAGUACAUCAAGAGCUGGAAGCCCCGCCUCUCCCCACUGUUGGCUCUCUGCGUCUUCCUGGUUUGUGAGCGUCACCUGGGAGAGGCCUCCGAUUGGUUCCCCUACAUCGACGUGCUGCCCGCCACUUACACCUGCCCCGCCUACUUCACCGAUGACGUCAUGGCUGUUCUGCCGACCGGUGUCCAGCGGCGGGCUUUAGAGCAGAGGGAGGCGGUGAGAGAAAUCCACUCGAUUCAUCAAAACUUUUUCAGAUCCCUGCAGCCAAUCCUGAGGCAGCCCGUUGAUGAGGUGUUGACAUAUGAAGCAUUAAGGUGGGCGUGGUGUAGUGUCAACACACGCUCUGUCUUCAUGUCCCAUCCGUCCAACAACUUCCUGUCUGGACAGAACGCUUACGCUUUAGCGCCCUUUCUUGACCUGCUCAACCACCGGCCUGACGUGCAGGUAGAAGCAAGUUUCAAUGACGUGACCAGAUGUUAUGAAAUCAGGAGCGUUUCUGGGACACUCCGCUACCAGCAGGCCUUCAUUAACUACGGUUCCCAUGACAACCAGCGCCUGAUGCUAGAGUACGGCUUUGUUGCCCCCUGCAACCCCAACAGCGUGGUCUACGUGGAUGCAGAUCUCCUCGUUGAUGUUUUAAGAGGUGACAGGAGUUUGGAUCAGAAGAUCAAGUUUCUCAAAGAGAACAAUUUCCUUCAUAACCUCACUGUGUCCAGUGAAGGUCCCAGUUGGAGGCUGAUGACGGCUCUCAGAUUGUUGUCGCUGCCACAAACACUUUAUCACCAGUGGAAGGCGGUGUUGCUCGGCCAGGUGCUGUGUGAGGAGAGAGAGGAGUGGAGCGUCCAGACCGCCAAGACUCUCUGUCAGCGCCUCCUACAAGACUCUCACACAGCUCUGGAUAAGAUCUCCCAUCUCCUCCGUCAGUGUGACCAGCCGGUCAGGGAGCAGCUCGAUGUUGUCAAGUCACUGCGACAGGAGGAGAGGUGCAUCCUGGGAAGCUGUCUUGAGGCACUAGAAGGCAUGCAGAGAAAACCAGACGAACUGUUGUCAUGCCAACCUGAUGUUGACGCCGUUAGCUGAC